AUGUCUUCAGUGAAAAUCCUGACAGUUGGCUCUGCUGCCGGGUCCAUUCGCGAGUUGUUCACGAAGAUCAAAGCCAUAAACGCAAAACAUGGGCCAUUCAAUCUCGUUCUGUGUACGGGCGAUUUUUUUGGACUACCCAAGGACGAAGGGGAUGCGUACAGUGAAGAUGAUGAGGUGAUGCUAUUACUAGGGGGAAAGCUGGAAGCACCAAUCGACUGUUAUAUAAUGCAAGGGAGACAUCCAAUUCCUGCACCCGUGAUUGAGAAGUUUGCGAAGACCGGGAGCUCACUUGCUGAGAAAGUGACUCUCCUUCACAAGUCGGGGAUCAUGACAACUCCAGAUGGAAUACGCAUAGCAUGUCUUGGAGGAAUAUAUGAUUUCAAGCUCUAUACAGCGGCUGAGUCGGUUCACGGCUUUACCUCGCCAUAUUUUACUUCACAUACAGUCGAGAGGUUACUUGCAAACGCGUUGACAGCCUCGCAUAUUCAAGAUCAAAACUAUACAUCACUCGCGUCCAUCAAGGCUGCUGCCGCGCCCUCGCAGCUUGUCGAUAUCUUUAUUAGUAACGCCUUUCCGUCCUCCAUUACUCAGUUUUCUUCGGCGCCACUACCUGCACCCGAGUUUGCAACCAUGGGUGUGGAUCCCGUCGCAGAGGUCGUACGAAAGACGAAACCGCGCUACCACUUUGCCGCAGGUGGGGGGGAUCCGCCCAAAUUCUGGGAACGAGAGCCGUUCGUAUGGGAUGAGGACGGCGGGCGUGUCACGCGCUUCAUCAGUCUCGGUGCAUUCGGCGAACAACCAUCAGAAGGCAAGAAACAACGCUGGUUCUAUGCGUAUACGAUAUCGCUAGAUGCACCGAAUCCUCCUCGGCCAGCAAAUGCUACCAAGAAUCCUUUCUUAGAAGUCGCAACCCGUGCGCCAAAACGUCAGCUUGAAUUCGAGGAGGGACCUAACUUUCGGUGGGACGUUAAACAACAUAACAAACGCCCUCGUACCGAGCUCGAGCCAGGCAAGCUGCCCCCAGGAUACAAGUGCAAGAUUUGUGAAUCCACAGAGCACUUCAUUAGCGAUUGCCCAGACAGGGCUAAGCCCAAGGAAGGUUAUAUUUGCAAAAUCUGCAAUGAACCAGGUCACUUUGUCCGGGAUUGUCCCGUCAAAAACGCAGUAGGUGAUACGGGCGGGCGGAAACCACGAGAAGGCUAUGUCUGCCGGGCGUGUGGUAGCGAAGCUCAUUACAUCCAAGACUGUCCGACUGCGAGCCAGAGCAGUGGAGGGAGACAUGGGCAUCUCCCCCCACGCGGCCCCCCGAAGGAGAUCGCCCCGGACGAAUGCUGGUUCUGUUUGUCCAACCCCAACCUCGCUAAGCAUCUCAUCGUGUCCAUCGGCACGGAGUGCUAUGUCACACUGCCGAAAGGACAGAUUAUCCCAACGCAUACCGCGGCGGCCCACUCGAAUGCACCGGCUGUGCCUGGCGGAGGCCAUGUCCUCAUCGUGCCUAUUACUCACUACCCAACGUUCACUUCCAUUCCCUCGGAUCUCGCCGGUCCUAUUCUGGACGAGACGCAACGAUACAAAUCCGCGCUUGGGGCGAUGUUUGCAAAACAUGGGGCGGUAGCUGUUUCGUUUGAAGUGGGGCGGCUGAGUGCCAAGGGCGGACACGCUCAUGUACAAGUGGUGCCCCUCCCCAACAAGUUCGCAAAUAGUGUAGAGGGUGCGUUCACCGACGAAGGCAGGCGGCAGGGCAUCGAGUUCGAAGCAGAUCCUGAGGACGCGCUGAAGGCGUGCAGCGGCGGUGGGGGCAGCUAUUUCCGUGUGGACCUGCCCGAUGGACGGAAGAUGGUACAUUUGAUGCGGGAAUCUGUGCCGUUCAGCAUCCAAUUUGGCAGACAGGUGCUCGUGUCGCUCCUGGGAAUGCAAGACCGAUUCGACUGGAAAGCAUGUAUGCAGACGGAAGAAGAGGAUAAGGCGGACGUCCAGGCGUUCAAAAGGGCGUUUGCACCAUUUGAUCCUUCACUUUGA